UCAGCUUGGAGGAGAUGAGGAAUCUGACUCUUCAAAGAGUGCAGUUUGUUUUUGGUUUGCCUCAGGUGAAACGUGCAUUUCAAGAGCAGUUGGAGAAAAAGAAGAAUUUUGUCAGUAGGAGUCUUGCUAUUGGCGAAGUCCUCUCCAUAGCAGAUAUGGCCACAGGGGUCAAGUGUGGAAUAAUUUACUGGUUGUUUGGUGGUGCGAUCAGGACUCUUGGAAAUCCAGAACAUAUCGCCAAAUGGUUCCAGCCACUUCAGGAGCAGAAAUACACCGGGAUGUUUGCAAUGACCAAGCAGGGGCAUGGUAGUAACGUCAAGGGGAUCCAGACCGAAGCCACCUUUGACCUCACUACGCAGGAAUUUAUAAUCCACACACCUUGUGAAAAUGCCAAAAAGAUGUAUAUUGGAAAUGCAAUGUCAAGCAAUUAUGCAGCUGUAUUUGCACAAUUAAUCAUAAAUGGAAUCUCCCAAGGCCCUCACUGUUUCAUUGUACCCAUUUGGGACCAGAGCGGACACCUUCAUCCAGGAGUGACAGCAGUUGACAUGGGACACAAGGAAGGUUUACACGGCGUGGAUAACGGCAUCUUAACAUUCGAUCAGGUUCGAAUUCCCAGGGACAACCUUCUGAGCAAGUUCGGUUCGGUUGCUCCAGACGGCCAGUACGACUCGCCCGUGAAAAACCCAAACGCGAGAUUCAAUGCUAUGCUGGCGGCUCUGACCCCGUCUAGAUUAGCUGUCACCUUCCAAGCGGUGGGGGCCAUGAAGAUUGGCCUGACUAUAGUCAUUCGGUAUAGCUACAGUCGGAGACAGUUUGGGCCUAAGGCCAAGGAAGAGGUCAAGAUCAUUGAGCACCAAACCCAGCGUCUUCGACUGAUGCCUCACCUCGCCACUGCUUUAGCGCUGAUCUUCACCAGCAGAUAUGCCGGCAGUUUAUUGGAUGAGGAUCUCUUUCAAGAGAAAGACCUUGGAAAGGCUUUACAGGGCCUGAUAGCCGGUUUGAAAGCAUACAGUACCUGGGGAAACACAGCCUGUUUACAAGACUGUAGAGAGUGCACUGGAGGGAUGGUGGUCGUCCGAGAGCUGCUGACUCAGUCUACCGAGCAAAAUGAGGAACGACCGCUUUUUGGCCUCCUUCGAAGCUGGGCAGAGUCUCUGAGGGACGGUUGGAGAACGAGUUUUUUGGCAUUUAACCUGGACACAGUUGGUAAUCUGACCUUUCUGCUGAAAGCAGUGUGUUUCCGGGAAAGGGUUCUUCAACGUGGUUUGGCAGCCCGGAUUUACUACAAGGUGAAAAUCAGGAAGGAAGAUUUCUUCAGCGCUUGGAAUUCAUGCCUCCACCACGUCACAACCCUGGCUCUGGCACAUAUCCACCGAGUAACUUUGGAACAGUUCUCGGCAGCUGUGGUGAACUGCCUUGAUGCCGAAGACCAGGCUCUUUUAAUGAAGUUUUGCCUCCUUCAUGGGACAAACCUGGUGUUCCAAGAAAGAGCCUGGUACCUGGAGCAUAACUACCUAACUCCAGCCACCAGCGUACAACUCCGAAGGCAGCUGCCGGACCUGUGCGACGCGGCGACGGGCCUGGCCCUCAGGGUGACCGAGGCCUUCGGCAUCCCGGCCCAGGCGCUCCACGCCCCCGUCGCCGGGGUCCCCAGCCUGCGGGCCCCCCGGGCCUUCCGUCCCGCGCCCCGCUCCCCACGAGCCGCCAAGCUCUGA